GGAAUACAGAGAGGAAGAAAAUAAACAGUAACCACCUUUACCGGCCUGUGCAAGCCCCUUUACAGAGCUGGGGUUCCCUCCCACCAACCGAAAGAGCUCCGCCCUCACGCUCCCCCUGCGCCGGGAGAUCAGCUGACCGCGGGCAGGCGCAGUCACGUGGCUGGGGCGCGCCCGCCCGUUGUGGCCAUGGCGGCCGCAGGUUCCAGUGUGGUGAGGCGAGUGGAAGAGCUCGGGGACCUGGCUCAGGCCCACAUACAGCAGCUUAGCGAAGCUGCCGGCGAAGAUGAUCACUUUUUAAUUCGGGCCUCUGCAGCUCUAGAAAAAUUGAAACUUCUGUGUGGAGAAGACAAAGAAUGUUCAAAUCCAUCAAAUCUUCUAGAACUUUAUACACAGGCUAUUUUGGACAUGACAUAUUUUGAGGAGAACAAACUAGUAGAUGAAGAUUUUCCUGAAGACUCUUCACAGAAAGUAAAAGAGCUGAUCAGUUUUCUUUCAGAACCAGAAAUUUUAGUUAAAGAAAAUAAUAUGCAUCCAAAACCCUGCGAUUUGCUUGGGGAUGAACUCCUAGAAUGUCUCUCUUGGAGACGGGGAGCCCUACUCUAUAUGUAUUGUCAUUCUCUGACCAAAAGGAGAGAGUGGCUCACAAGAAAAUCCAGUUUGCUUAAAAAGUACCUUAUUGAUGGAAUCAGUUACUUGCUACAGAUGCUAAAUUAUCGGUGUCCUAUCCAGUUAAAUGAAGGAGUUUCUUUCCAAGAUUUGGGCACAGCUAAAUUACUGAGUGAAGGAAUAUUUAGUGACAUUCAUUUGCUGGCUAUGAUGUACAGUGGAGAAAUGUGUUACUGGGGAUUGAAGCAUUGUGCAGAUCAACAGCCAGAAAAUCAAGAAGUGGAUUCUGGUGUUUCUGGAGCAAGCUACACGACACAAAAAGAACCCUUGGAUUUCCGAGAAGUAGGAGAAAAAAUUUUGAAAAAGUAUGUAUCUGUGUGUGAAGGACCCCUGAAAGAACAAGAAUGGAAUACAACAAAUGCAAAACAAAUUUUAAACUUCUUUCAGCAUCACACUAACCAGUAAGUUCAUCUAUUCCUUUUCAAACAGGAAAACAAAACAACCCAUGAAAUGGAAAAGUUCCAGAAAAGAAGACAUAUUGACACUGUUUAAGAAUGUUACACUACAUAAAGAUAUCCAGCCUGGUUACCUAUUUUAAUGCCAUCACCAUUUUUCAUUAUAUGUUUUUAAAUCUAUGAAAGAACGAUUCUUUAAUUUCUAAGAUGGCAUGUAUGUUAUUCUAACUCAGCCUGAACUGCAGAUAUUCUAUAACUAAUACCAAGUAGGAAUUGAGUUUAGCUUUACAAGUUUUUCUUUAUUGUGACAUAAAAUUUACCAUUUUAAAUAUCUUUAGGUUAUUUUAAAAUCUUUCUUGAAGUUUACUAUGCUUCAGAGAUUAAAAUCAAGUCACCUUAUUGCUUUAGAUAUAUGCUAAGGAUAUAAAAAUUGGCAAAAUAAAAAAUUACACGACUAGUAUUCAGACUCCAUUUCCAGAAUAAGAUAGAUAAUGAAAGAUGCCACAAAAGAAAUGUUUCAUUUUUGUUUUACCGUUACGCAUGGCAUUUACAAUUUUUAUGCUUUUGGGCAUUUUAUAAAAAUUUUCAAGUGAUUUUCCUAUUUUGUUUAAAAGAAAAUGGAUGGUUUAUCAGAUGAAACCAAGUUAGGUUAGUCCAUCAUUAGCUCAUAUGUGUUUAGAGUGCACCUUUUCAUAUGUAUUGAAAUUUUAAUAUUUUUGUCUUUAAUAGUAGAGAUGAGUGAUAAAGGCCAGAGAACCUGACUUGCUAUCUUGCUUACAGUAUUUCUGUCUACCUCAACUCCUGUUGUCAUCUUGGGGUGAUCUUAUAACUUGCUGAUAUCCUUGACUUCUGCACCAGUGACUUCAUCACAUUCCAGGAACUUACUCCCAUGGCUACACCUUGAAUGAAUAUCACCAUCUUCAGUUUCUCUUUCUGAAAUCUUAAAUUUUAGUAACUGAUGACAAUUCACAUCUUUCCAGCUUUUCACUUCCUCAUUUUUACUAAUUUUUCUUUCUCCUUUAUUUCUGUUCUAUCUCUUUAGCUUCUUCACAGCCCCCUUCUCUUGACUGUUCCUCUUUCCCCUAAACCAUCAGCCCCUUUCAGAUUUUCUUCCUUCCCUAUCCAGCCUCAGCCUUAUAUGGGACACCAGAUGAAGUGUUCUCCACAGUCCCUUCAAGUCCAUUGUCCCGUUGUCCUGCAGUCUAACCAUUCUGCAAGUAUCAGCAUUGAAUUAAUCCUGUCACCCACCUUUUCUGGAAUGCUGCAUCCCAUGUGAAGUACAUGCAGCCCUUCAGAGUGUAAUCCCUAUAAGUAUCUCAGUUUCAACUUUAGGAGAGCCCUCAGUAUAAGCCUUUUGCUUGUUUCUGGUGUUGCUCCUCUCGUUUUUCCUGGUGGCUAAUUUAAACCUCUCACUUUCCUCAUGAGGUCCUCUGUCCCCUCCCCUAGCAUAUGGCUCUUGGUCCUUUCUUACAGAAAAUUGAGACUAUGAGGACUUAAACUUUUAUUUCCCAGCUUUGCCCUACUCAUUUUCCCCAUUUUUAAUUUUAUUUAUUAUGUUAUGUUAAUCACCAUACAUUACAUCAUUAGUUUUGGAUGUAGUGUUCCAUGAUUCAUUGUUUGUGCAUAACACCCAGUGCUCCACGC